UGUUGAUCUUCUUAGGUGUGUUCUCUCUGUGACGUCCACACACCUGACUUCAUUACAUCGUCCUCAUCUGUCCCGUGUCAUAUCCUAAUGAUGGGCGGUGGGUGGUGGGAAUCCCAGCUCACAUGCACGGACACUGCUGCAGAGAGUGACACUGAGACAGACAGGCAGAGAUCAGAUCAGCUCAGUGAUCAGCCAGGCUUCAGACUCCACUGACAGCUGACAACAACUGCAGCAUGAUGACUCUGACACAGCUGCAGGCUGCAGCCAUCCUUGGGAUCGUCCUUCCUCUAAUGUCCGGCCUCAGCCUUCCAAACUCUGAGUGUUCGACUGCCGUUCACAACUUCAUCUCUAAUCUAUGCAAGAAUGAAGAAGCAAGACUUAAUCACGAGAGGCCAAACGGAGAAGAAUGCCAAAUAAAAGGCUCAGGGCUCUGUAACCUGACCGUCCAGACCGUACUGGACCAAUAUCCUACCCUGCAGAGGUGUGUGUGUGCUGGGCAGGAGGAGGAGCUGUGUGAGUCUAUACAAGCCUUGGCCACACAAUGCCUCAGAAGAACAGGAACCCGGAAGAAGAGGAGAACAGUCAUGGACUGGAGUUCCAGCAGUUUAAUAAGCUAUGAAUAUAUCGGAUCUGGGUCCUGCUUUGACCGGAUGAGAGUUUGCCUCAGUGAUGCUGUUUGCAACAAGUACCUGGCAUCAGUUCUGCAGGCGUGUGGGGCAGAGGCUUGCGAUGGUGACAACUGUCAACAAGUGUCUGGAGACUUCCGUGGCAGCAUGCCGCAGAACGUCGCGGAGAUGCUGCUCAUGUGUGAAUGUGAGGCGACAGACCAGAGCUGCCUGCAGAUGAAAAAGGCUUUGCACAGUGGGACGUGUGGCGGAGAGACGCUGAUCUGCCAGGAAACAGUUCAACGGUGUCUAACAGACACUAACUGCAGGAGCUUGUUAAAAAAGUUCCAAGCCAAAUGCUGGAGUUUUGAAUAUUUGGACUGUGGUGACGGUGACUUCGUUGGCAGUGAUUGUCUCACCAGCAUGGACCCAGCUCACAUUUUAGGUGCUGACCCUGAAUGUAAACAAGCUUUCACAGCUACUCUAGGCAGUGUUCUUCAUGCUCCCUGUUCAUGCAAAGGCAUGCAGGGUAAAGAACAGCAAACCUGCCACAGGAUUCAUGAUGUAUUCCAUAACAGGUCACUCUUCCGUGAGUUGGUUUGGAUUUACUUUUUUUUUUUUUUAAACAACGGCCAAAUGUUAAUUUGUAUUUCUCUUCUUAUUCCUCAUCGUAGUUCCAUCUCGGAAAAGCCAGAGAGGUUUUAUUUUGUCUUUACAGAUUAUAUCCUGUAUGCUUUUGCGGUUGCGCUCUUUGUCGGAACUCUUAUCUUAUUACCACUGGCUGUUGUCAUUAACAUAUGGGUAUUAAGAAAAAGAGAUGGAAGAAAAUUUCAGCCUCCACACAAGAGUGUCAUUUUCUGA